AUGGUGCAUGAAUUAUUCAACCAAGCCCUUGCGCGACAUUAUGAAGCUGUGAAAAAUCAAUAUCCUGGAGAAGGACGCCGAAAGACACGUUUACGCGUUCUUUACCAUUCUUGGCCUGGGAUAGCACUCCCAAGGGGCAGUGGUGACGUACCCAAGACUGCUCCGCCUGCUUUGACAGAGAUAGAUCCCAACCCUCUCGACCAAACACUAGAAGACGACGAGCUAGGAUUAAUUAUCCGAACGGAUUUCACAAAUGAAGCUGCCUGGAAAACCUUCUGUGCAAAAGUUGAAGUAACUCAGAAAGACCUAAUAUCCGACCUCGCAGGCGGUGCUCCUGCAGACGACGUACCAAUGGAAGAGGGCGCCUCAUCACAGGCAGAUGGCACUGAGUCCGACUCGUCGACUGAAGUUCCAGAUAUGAUCAAAAUUCUGGACCCUCAAGAGCAAUCGGACAGAGCCAGGUUAACUAACAUCUCGAACCUGACUGCUCUUCGCCUCUUUAACGAAGUGGAUAUACGUCCCACACCACCACCACCAGCGGGUAGCAAGAAAAUAUCACCGCCGAACCCUUUGGUCGAUCGCGCAGGCUGGCAAGAAAUCUACACAGGCAAAACACUUUGGAUAUACGAUUCACGUUCGAACGCGGACGAGUGUGCACGACUUGUCAGCCAAACGGGCGAUUUCUAUGGAACUGCAACGGGAGAUAGCUGGCGUGCUAGAGCUUCGCACAUCUGCGAACUGCAAUUUAACCUGUCACAGGGAAUGAAAAUCGACUUCAACGGGCAAGAUCGCUGGGAUUGGAACGAACGAGCCAGGAAUCUUGAAGAGGCCACAACGAUAUAA